AUUCCCCCAGAAGAUUCUGCAUUUUCAUAAUCUCUUCGAGAUUCCUGUAGAGAUUCUUUCGAAGAGCGUUUAAAAAACCUUAACAAAUUCAUCAAUACACCUCAAGAAAUUCAUCAAGGAUUAACGAUUUAUCGAUAAAUUCACUGAAAGAAAAGUUGUGCUUUGUCUGAUCAAGAAUCAAGAUCAAGAAUGUUAUACAAACAGGGGAUGACCCAUUUCCCAUAAGGACGAUUGGCAUAAUGGACCUCCUACAAAGUAACAACACAGUGUAGGAAAAAAUCCUUCAAGGAUACUCUUUUCUUAUUCUUAACUGUUCAAUCUAAACUGUAGUAUGUAAUGUAACAUACAGAGUGACAACACUAUACGAUAAGCUUUGUAUCAACUUACUCGUAUCAAUCACCCCCAAUCCAACACGACGAAGUGAUUCUAUGGUAGAAUACUUGGCUCCCCAUCAGAAGUUUUUUGGUUUGAAUCCCGUUUCAGAUUGUUUCUUUUUUAACUUUGUUGAUCAUAAAAUGAUCCGCAAGACAUGAUUUUAUGCAUUGAACAACAAAAACAUCACUCGUGUGUUGCGUUACGGCACAAGAUGAAAACACAUUGUAAUUAUGAUAUCAUGAGGCAUGAUUUUGGAAUUCUUGUUCAUACCCGUGCAUUUACACUUUUUUGCCGAAAGUCUCAUAUGCCAAACAUUAACUUUUUCAAGGCAAAUUGUUACAAAAAUUUUACCAGUCAUCAUCAUGACCAGCCCACUAUCCCUGUCAAUGUUCGACAUAGAAAAUCACUCAAAGAUAUCAACCCAACAACUUUCUUAUCUGAGUCCCAAUUCGUCUCCGAACCGAAUGUCAACCAAUUUUUCUCACCCGAAACAACCAGUCCAACCAGUUCCGAACUUACAUCCGUCAAGUUUACACAUAGGCCGCGGUCGGCACUCCGAAAUGCUUACACUAGUGGUGUCACUCGCGCUGUCAAUCACCGUCAUCCCAUCAAGAUCCGAUGCCGCCAUCGGAGGACCGCCCAGCUGCGAAGGCUUCUACGGAUGCAUCUCGUCGUUGCGUCAAGCGGAUUGCGCCCAGGGUGAGGUGCUAAUAUCCGGCGCCUUACUGAACGGAUGCUGUCCGGGAUGCCGCGGCGGUCAGGGCCACAUGAAGGUCUGCAACGUCAACGUUGCCAACCGGCGGUGCGCUCCGGGACUGAAGUGCUCCGAUCGCAAGUGCAUCUACGAUCGAUCGACCUGCCUACACACGAUCCACAUGAAAGACGAGGAGGAGUGGGCCGGAUGGUAUCCGCGGUGCAACCUGGACGGCACCUAUGCCAGCAAGCAGUGCCGAGGGGACCGGCUGUCCGGACGGUGCUUCUGCUACAGCGAGGAUGGGCGUCGCAUUUUCGGCUGGGAUUGGUACAAGGACGCCUCCAAGAUGACUUGCGCGUGCAGCCGUCGUCGGGCAAAACUGGAAGCCGAAGGCCGAUCAGGAGUUACCCUUCACUGUCUGCCAAAUGGGAACUUCGAAGCGCUACAGUGCGAUUCGGGAGUCUGCUGGUGUGCUAAUGAAUACACCGGAGAUCCACUGGUUGGCGCAACGGUAGUUCACGACAGUUUGUGGAGAUUGCUGCCAUGCUAUAAUAAUACCUUGCACGGUGAUUCAUACCUUCGGCAGUGCGAAAGUGCUGCUUUUGCCCAGAAGAAGAUACAGCAGAAGUUCGCUAUGCGGGGUACCGAUGGAGUGAGCUUCAACGAAGUUCGAUGUGACUACGAUGGGAGUUACGGGUCGUACAAGAUCGAGAAUGGAGUAGUCUACUGCACUUGGCGCGACGGGAAAAAGAUUGGCUCCUACCAGGUUCGCUCCAGCAUGGUAUCAUCUGUCAAUUGCAAUUGUGCCCGCGAUACGGUCAUCUACCAGGAGGCCGGCAUCCCAUUCACGUUGGCCUGCGGUGGCAACGGCAACUACGAGUACGCCCAGGACCAGAACGGGCAACUGUUCUGCGUGGACGGAGAUGGGUUCGUAGUGACGACGGAUUUGCGACCGAAUGAAAGCUGCGAUAAAUUUAUCUACAAUUCGGAGUUCUACAACGAAGAUUAAGUGCCUAGUAAAUAUAUAGGUAUAAUGAAAUAUGCAGCAUA